AUGCCCGCGGGGCUCCCUCCGACCCAGGGGAUUCCCCGGCACCCCGGCGCCUUUAGUUCGGAUACCCUCGUCUCUAAGGCGCUCUCCUCCCGAGCAAGAGCACGCGGCCCCCGCCUACCCACCCCCGCCCCGCGGCCCGCCCCGGCGGCUCCUCCUCCAGCCUCCUGGCCCGCCAGGUGCUCCGGGCCGCAGCGUCCAGCCCGCCCAGUCCCCCCCUCCCCCCGCCAUAGCAGAGCGGCCCAAGGGAAGCCGGCACUGGAGGAAGGGAGAAUAGGGGGCGCGCGAGGAAUCUUCCCCAGCUCGGACUCCCCCCUCCCCGGCCACGCAUGCAAACGCAGGGAGAACCAUUCGACCGCACUUCCUACUCACCACAGGCCAGGGUCUCGGACCGCCGUUCCAGCAGCGCAAUCCGAGCCGGUGCCGGAAGCGGGCUCACUGCUACUCCGAGAGCCGCCUGGGCCAGCGGUGGGAGCCGCUGAAGCGCCAAUUCAGACGUGUCCCCGGCGCCCCCCCUUCGGUCGCCUCCACAAUCCCUCAGGCUGGAGCAGAGGAGAAUGCCGGCCGGGUCGCGGCUGUUUACCACCCAGCCUGCACCGGGCGGGCUUCCGGAACUUAAGCAAAGGCGUUAAAAGGCUUCGGAGAACCCCCUUGAGGACGCUCAACAAAGACCCAAGCUUAGGACGUUUCUCCCCAACUUCCCACCAAAUAUCCCGGUCCCGUGGGCUUACCAGAUGGGGCCAGCCAAUGGCCGUCUUUGACCUUUCCUCCGGAGGCGACUCCUUCCUGUUCCGCAGGCCCAAAGGGACCCUUGUCUGCCGCACAGGGCAGGCCUCUCCGUCCAGUGCCGCCACUCCUGUGGCACUCCUUCCCUGCAGUCCCCAGCCUUCCUCCUCCACCACAGCCCCGAGCCGACGCCUCAGCACUUCAAACGACGCUUCGGAUCCAAGAAGCCCCCUCAAGCCCCUUCGAGUGGUAACUUCGCAGCCAAAGUGGACACCCAGCGGCAUGGCUCGUCUUCCCCCCCCCGCCUGUCCCUGGAAACGUCCCCAGGGAGAGCCUCAGCAAUGGAGGCCGGCCUCCAGAGGAGGAAAGCCGGCCGUCGUCUGCUCCUGCUUCGCCCGCGUCCGCACGCGGCAUUCCGGGCUCUUCCAUGGCGGGACCAGAGCAGCGGCCUCCUCCCUGGGGGCUUCUGGGAGCUGUCCGUUCCCCUGUGCAUUUCUGUCAUGGAGAGGAGCACGCGGCCCUUUCCCUCUCCUCCAGAAAGAUGGGCUGCCUUGAGCCGGGCCUGCCCAGCAGCCAUUAGGGCGCCGAGGCCGGAAAGCAGACGGGCUGCCCUCUGCCCCGCCACCUUGCUAUGCCAGGCAUUGGAGCUUUAUCUCAGGCCCUGCCGCCCCCGCCCCCCCCCCCCCAGCUUUCCCCCAUCCUAACCGGUGAUAAGAAGGGCAGGUUACCAGAGCGCAGGAGGAGCUGUCCUCCCCCUCUCCUCAGACCUCUGGACAUUAUCCACUUUCCCCGCCCCUCUGCCCAGCAGCCAAUAGCUUCCGCCCUCCUCUGGCGGGGGAAGGGGCUCACAUGAUGCCAGUGGGGAGGGCACAAAUGGCCACCUCCUGUGAAUGGUGAAGGUGAUUCCUGUGGGGGGGUGUGAGGGGAGCCUGGGCACAGUGUGGCACAUAGCUGGAGGGGAGCUGAGCACUCAGGCUGCUCCCCUCCCCCUCUACAUGAACUCUGGGAAAGGGUAGCCAUGUGCCCACAGGGAGCACUCUGCAUGCCAUCUUUGGCAUUCAUCCCUCAUCACCCACCCCUCUGCCAUCAGCCCAAUAGGAGUGCUUCCUCCCUCCCUCCUGUAAAGGGGGAGGGGCAAGGCGAAGGGGGUCCGGGGAACACUUGGUCUCUGGCAGGGGCAGGGCCUGGCACUCUGUCUCUAAAAGGUUUGCCAUCACUGCUACCACAUCUAACAAUAACCUGCCUGACCUGUCACCCUUAGGACCUCCAGACCUUUUCAGUGUACCCUGAAGCUGAACUCUUGCAUAUAUUGUCUCCCUAGUUAGCAUAUGACAGAUUUUUCCGUUUCCUUUCCCACUGCUUGUACUGUACUCUGCACAUGGCAAAUAUUUCAUUCAUUCAUUUCCAAAACCUUGAACUAGAACUGAUAAUGCUUCUCUCAAACUAAAAAUCUCUCUCUCUCUCUCGA